AAUCGCCAUGACCAGGCUCCUGCUCCUUCUAGAACUUGCUCUUUGUGUUCUGCGAGCCUUGGCCUCAUGGAGCGUCACGUACCCCAGGAGUCUGCGGAGUGUCCAAGGUUCGUGUGUCCUGAUCCCCUGCACCUUCGACUACCCUGUGAACACCCCGGAGAGCAUCACAUCCAUCUGGUACAAAGAUAACGGGGGGCAGCGCAUUCCGGUUUUCCAUUCCUCGACUCCGGACGCCGUGGACGCUCAGUUCCAAGGCCGCGCAGAACUGCUCGGAGACCCGCUCAGGGAGCGCAACUGCACCCUCCUCCUGAGGAGCACCCAGACAAAGGACAGCGGCAAAUAUGUCUUCCGGUUUGAAAUCGAUGAGAAAAACCGCUGGUUGGAUCAGCAAGGAGUUGAGCUGACGGUCACUGACACUCCGGACAGUCCCGCUAUCGCUUCCCCGGAAGACUUGCGCGAGGAUGAGCUGGCAACGUUCAUCUGCUCCAGUCCAUACGCCUGCCCCUACGACAGCAUCUCUCUGCGGUGGACGGGACAGAACGCAGAGACCUCUCGUGUCUCAAGGACGGUCCAGCUGGACACUGGGGGAGUGCUGCAGAAGCAGACCCUCAGCAGUUCGCUCUCCUGGCAGGAUCACAACCGGAAGCUGAGCUGCGAGGUGACCGCGGGUGCCCAGGCCAAAGCGAAUGAAGUCACGCUCCAGGUGAAACAUUCUCCCACAGGCGUCAAAGUGUCCAUAAGCCCAUCCGCAAAGAACAUCCGCGUGGGAGAUGCUGCGUCUCUCACAUGCAACAUGGCGAGCAGCUACCCGGAAGUCACUGCUUACAGGUGGUACAAAGAUGGGGUGGCCUGUGGGGCGGGGCAGGUGAAGGCCAUCCAGAGCAUCAGGCGGGAAGACUACGGCCAGUACCACUGCCAAGUGGAGAAUCCCGUUGGGACCGCGGUGGCUGAAACGGCAACACUCUAUGUUUUCACCGCCCUGCUGUCCGUCAGCCCUUCUUCCGAAGUCCAGGAAGGUGGGACGGUCAUGUUGACCUGUGAUGUUCCUGGGGAAGACAAGCAAGAGAUCCACUACAGCUGGUACAAGAACAACGUCUGGAUGAAGGAAGGCACGGCCCGGAGGCUGAUCUUUCACGAGGUGGCCGCUGGGGACACAGGAUACUACUUGUGCAAAGUGCAGAACGACAAAGGGAGCGAGAAGUCCCAAGUCGUUGGGCUGAAUGUCUUCUAUCCACCAAGGCCACCCACCCUCGCCUUGUUCCAAGAGACCCAGGAAGGGAAACUGGCCAUCAUUCACUGCACCGUCGACAGCAACCCCCAGUCCACUUUGAGCCUCUUCCGGGGCAAGCAGCUCAUCGCAACCACCAGUUCGCACUCGGCACCCAGUCAACGGAUCAGCGUCACCGCCACCCGCAACUCCCUGAAGCUGGAGAUCCAGAAGGUGGUCCCAGAAGACGAAGGCGAAUAUCAGUGCGUAGCGGCCAACAAGUAUGGGAAUGCCACCACUACGAGGUUCUUCGGUGCCCAGACUGCCAGGGUGGUGGUCAAUCCUUUCGAAGAGGUCCCUGAAGGGGAGAGAGUCACGCUGACUUGCCUGGCUACCUUGGAACCAGAGGAAGGGACCACUUACACGUGGUACAAGAACGCCAAGUGGCUGCAAGAAGGGAGGGAGAACGCGCUCGUCUUCCCAGCCGCAGUCAGCAGAGAUGCCGGGACAUUCUACUGCGUGGCCAAGAACAAGAAGGGCACCAACACGUCGCCAGCCGUCACUCUCCGCGUGCUGUACCCCCCAAGACAACCUGUGGUGGAGUCCUUCCUGGAGACACAAGAAGGACACCUGGGCGUCAUCCAGUGUACGGUGGACAGCAACCCGCCGUCUGAGAUAGCUUUGCACAAGGGCGACACUCUCCUAGGCUCCACGAAUGCCUCCUCCUCGCCGGCUGACCCGAGGGUGAGCGUGACCCAAUCUCACAACACGCUCAAGGUGAGCAUCAAAGGCGUCGCGCUGGAAGACGAGGGGCGGCUCGUGUGUUCGGCUCAAAACCGCUAUGGAGACUCGAGCACCUCUGUUGACUUCACCGCUGAAACCGCGAGGAUCGUCCUGACGCCGUCCCCAGAGGUGCCCGAAGGCCAGGAGGUCCGUCUGUCCUGCCUCGUGAGCAGCGAUGCCUCCACCUCGGCCAACUACACCUGGUACCGGAACGGACUCUGCCUGCCGGAAGCCCUCGGGGACUCCCUGGUGUUCCCCCAAGUGGCCAGAGGGGACGCAGGGGUGUAUUUCUGCCGGGCAGAGAGCCAUAGAGUCAGCAAAAGCUCAGCCUCCGUCACCUUGUCUGUGCUGUACCCUCCAGAGCCUCCUCGAGUGGCCGUCUUUGUGGAGACGGAGAAAGGAAGGACGGCCCUCUUCCGUUGUUCUGCAGACAGCAAUCCCCCCGCCGAGCUAAGUCUCUACAAAGGAGACCACCUCAUCGCCUCCACCGGUGCUCUCAGCGCGGCCCUCCCAAGGGCCCGGGUCUCCGCCACCCCCAACGCCAUGCGUGUGGAGAUGGGAGACAUCGUACCGGAGGACGAGGGCGGCUAUCGUUGCGUCGCUGCCAAUGUAUACGGUUCCUCCAUCGCGCGCCUGCAUUUCCACGUGCAAA